AUCUAUAAUUUGAAAUUGGAAGUUUAAACGAGCGGAUUUCACAAAGUAUAGUUGUUUCUAUAAUUUGAAAAACAUUAAAAAUGAAAGAUAUUUUGCAAUCAGUAGUAGAAAAUCAUCCGAAGUUGAAUUUUGAAACGCAAUCUAGUCCUAGUUACGUCGAAAUCUAUACUAAAAUAAAAAAUGAAAUCGUUAUUGUUUACUCUAAGGCAAAACAAUCUAGUUCCAUAAACGAAAAUAACUCGAAAAGUAAUAAAAGCGAGCAAGACGAACUAGACUUGACUGGAUCUCCGUUAAAAUUAGAUUUAAGUAUCCAUGCAAUGUUGGAUGAAACUAUGAUGUCUGAAGAGCCACAGUUGUGGAGAAAAGAAGAGUUCUUUCACUCUCCUAUAGAUAUUGAAAAAGCUAGGGAAAUAGCCAAUUUAUAUACCAAAAGCCUAGCUUCAUUAGCUAAAGAUGAAGCAACUCCUAUGUGGAUUCUGUGCACUCCCACAAGUGAAGGCAAACCAUUACUUCUUACUAUACAGUCCAAUAAAGAUGAGUUUACAAGAGGUUUAGUUAAUUAUGAGGGUGCGGUCACAUUGGAAGAUGUGGAUGUUGAAAAUCUGAUGAAAGAUUUCGCUUCUCAAGAGUGUAUUGACGAAGACUUGGUAAAAGCAUCAGUAGAUUGCAAAUACACAGUGUCUGGUAUAUCUUAUGGGCAGUUGAACUAUGAAGAUCAAUUGAAUACACCUCACAGUGGUCUCACUGAAUUGCACUGUCAAUGGUCAGCCAAAACAUUGUUAACACCAUUUAUAAGCUGUAAAGUACAUUUUGAACAAGAAGUCAUAGUAGGUCAUCUUGCCAGCCCCUGCAAUGCUAUAUGGAAGUCGUUGUGUGCACUGCAUCAGAUUAACGAAUUACUUGUGGAUAUGACAGCCGCAGCUGGUAAUGUUGAUUUGGAGAAGGCUGUUAUCAGAAACCUAAUCCCGGGUAUGAAGCGCUACAACAACACGAAACGUCUCAACGAAUUGUUAAACGAAACAGAAAUAUACACAUAUACAGCAGAAUGUCCGACUGGAGGUUGUCUGUGUGUCACAGAUAAUACAACAACUCUACGACAAUGUAUGAAUGAUAUGAACAAAAUGGGAUCUAGUAACGAUUUCACAUAUAAACUAUGGGACGUUUUGAGAGACUCUGAAACUGCAGAGGAACUGAUCACAUUGUUACUGCAAGCAUUGACGUUUAUAUCGUCAGGGAAAAUACGACCGUUUAUCGACGUCAACAACAAAUCCUUACUGUCGAAACUCGUUCUGAAGCUAUCAAGAGGUCAUUCGCAAACAUCCAAAGUGCUUAAGAAUCUCCGCUCCAGUCCACCACAUGCUUUGUCUCUGAUUGCACAAGUUGGCUUUGAGAAAACUAUGUGGGAGUACACUAGGAUCAUGUCCCUUCUGGAACAUUCUUUCUUUCUAGCUGGGAUGUGGAGUAAUGAUGCUAGAUCAAAAGAGAAAAUCGACCAAAUAAACCAAACGAUACAAGACAUGACAAUGGGUGGGGAGUUCACUUUGAAUCCCUUCGAGAGCUACACAACAACUGAACAUUCUAUACGACUGGACUCUGAGUCGUUCUGUGUGGAAGACUCUAACGAUCUCACUGUGGAUGACUUCGCUUCGUUGAAAACACGUGGUCUUGUUGGUGAUAAGAAGGACAGUAAUGAGGUGCCUCUAAUAGCUGAUGAAAUAGACAUAAGUCCAUGGAAGAGCCUCCUCAUGAGGUUCGCUCAAGUGCACGUCUGUUUGGAACAUUUGUAUCGCGCGGAAACCUGCUUGAGAGCGGACUUCGCACAGUUAAAACCAAUGGCGUCUCGUAUCCUAGAACUGUAUGUAUCAGAAAAAUCUCCAGUCAAGACGGUUGGACAAUUAAUGAAUGACCCUAUAUUAAAAAUAAACAUACCUAUAACGAACAAUAUCGUUCAGGACCAUUUGAAGAAAUCGGCAACUUGGUACCGUCUAGAACUCAGUAAGAAGGAAAGAGCAACUGAUUCUGGCCUCAAACGUUACUGUAAACUUGUCUAUGUAUAUUCUCAGUUGCCAGUUUUCCCGCCAAAUGUAUGGCAACAUAUUGAAACACCAAACGAAGAAGUGGGUGAAACUACAACGGUUGUUGAAGAAGUAAAAUAUCACUGUACGAAAUAUACAUAUUUAUCAAAUAAAGUGAACAGAAAUAUUGUUUUGUGAUAAGUUGCACUGGCGAAAUCGUGAUAAAUUAUAUAAUUUUAUAGAUUUUU